GCGGAGAGUCGCGUCGCUCCUGCAUUUCCGCUCACUUCUCAAACUUUAUGUUCUCUCACCCAACUCGCCUGUGCGUCUUGCGACUCGUGUCACUGCUCGCCGCAAGUUCAGUGUGAUGUUUUGUCCACGUACGGACAAAUUCCUCUCACCGGCGCCGACUCGUCCUCCGAGGAGUGAUGGGAUCUAAGUUCACCAGGCAGAGGAGCCUCGACCUGGAAAGUAGAGUGUCCAGGAGGAGACGGCAGCAGAGGCAUGAGAGCCCCGGAGGGAGCGACAGGAGAGGCGGGAGAGAGCUCUUGUUUACCUCCCUGAUGCUCAAGUCCGACAAGCUUCCAGGGAUGCUGCGCAAGAGCAACCCGAGUCCCUAUGUGAAGCGAGUGGCGUGGAUCCGAGAGAUCCAGAAACAUCUGCGGGAGAACCGGGCGGAACAAGCUGCCGAGGUGCUCAGACUGCUCCGAAAGGACUUGGGGCUCCAGGGAACCUCCCUCAACGACAUCUUGUAUAAGAACGCAGCCUUCCUCAACCUGGUGGACCCCAUCUCCCACGAACUGCUCCUCAGUCUGGCACGGGAUUUGCAAUGUCCAAAGAGGGAGACUGAAUCCCUGAAGUCCACAAACAAGAUCUGCCGCCAGUUGAUCUACCACCUGACUCCUCACUCCAAAUGGAGCAAACAGAGCGUGCCCAGGAGGAAGUCUCAGGCCUGUCUCAAAACCACUCUGAAGAAAAAGCUCUCUGGAGACGUUGUCAACUUGUCGGGCAUCCCGCUGUCCGGGCGAGACGUGCACCGGGUCUCCCUGUACCUGCAAAACAGCACCGACACCACCACCGUGACCACCGUGGACCUGAGCUUCACCGAGCUGCAGGACGAGAGCUUGCGCCUGCUGCUGCCGCACCUCGGGCGCCUUCCGAAGCUCACCAUCCUGGCCAUCAACGGAAACCGCUUGUCAGCGUCCGUCCUGAAAGAUUUGACCGACGCGGUGAAGGAUCCGAAGAAGUUCCCGUGCUUAGCUUGGAUCGACCUGGGCAACAACGUGGAUAUCUUCACCGUUCCCCAGCCGCUGCUCGUCGCUCUGCGGCGGCGCUUCGGUUUACAGAGCAGCCUUCCAACCAUCUAUGAGUAUAGCGAGGUCCAGACUUUUAGAGGUUACAACCCGAAUAUCGAGACGUCAGUGGAGGAGCCCAGUGUGUAUGAAGAAGAGGAAGAAGAAGACAGAGAUGAGGAUGAUAGACUCGAGCUGCAGGCGUGGGGAUUCGGAGAAGUAAAUGUGUCGAAAAAUGUCCCGCUGCACUUCUGUGGGAGGUGAUCUGCCAGAGGUGUCUCUUCUGAAUCCUUCAAUUCCAGCGUGUCAGUGUUCACCUCAUCCAGUCUGGCCUCCCAGGUGUCAGCAUGGAAGUGUGACCUGGGUCUUUCUGAAAAUAUCUGUGUUUACAGUCUGGUGUCCCUCUGGAGGCUCCUACUCCUGUGAUGCUGCUGCAGUUACACAACAGCCCCACCACUGAUUGAUCUUUAUCUUUGCAGGCAACUUGCCUCAGGUUAUGUCCUUUAGAAACUUUUCCAUCAAAUAGAAUUUACCAGAGAUUCAUCUGGGGGUUAAGUGCCUUGCACAUGGGUGUGUGAGCCGCUGUUGAGCCCAACACAUUUACCCCAAAAGAUACACUCUCUGGAGAAAAUAAUAUUUUAGUAAAUAAUGUCAGUUUAAUGUGACAAAGCUUCUAUUGUUUUCCUGCAGGGAUUUGUUGUAGCUCUGUGAGGAAUGGGUGGCACACAUGCGCCCACACGCACUGAUAGGGAUUCUUCAGUCACAGAUGGUGAGCCCAAGACCUAGUUUUCCUCCCCAAAUAAGGCCAGCCCAAUUCAGUCGUCUGCUGGUUAUGAAUGAUCCUGUUGAGGAUUCAGCCCAGCAGCUCUCAAAUGUCAUGUAAAAGGCACACAGUAAAACAAUAUUCUCUGUGGAUCAAAGCGCUGGCAGGGGGCUCCAAGCGUUACUGCCUACACCUCUGGAGCUCAAUAUUAAAGUCAUAUUAUCGUCAUCAAGAUUCUUCUUUUAUGUCAGGAAAUAUGUAUGGAAAAAGAAUAUUUAGUUCAAUGUUAUUUUGAAGUUUCUCAUUAUUUUUGGCUACUUGCCCAAGAGACAAACAGCAAUGCAAAAGAAAGUAAAGGAAGUAGAUGUCAACUGAGAAGGGAGAAAAUGUUUCAGCACCUGAAGAAAAGCCUUUUGCAGCUUCACUGUAUCGGCGACGUGUACUAGCAUGGCUUCAUCUUUAAGAGAAGCAUAAUCAGCAGGCAGCAUAAACAGCUAUUGUCGUCUUUACUCCAUUGCCAUUGUUUCCACGAGGAGAGCACAACCACUGAUCACGGAGGGAUGACGUCACUAACUUUUUUCAUUGUGGUGUCAUUUAUUGUUUAUCAUGGAAUAGAAUUGAAAAGGAUUCAGUAUUAAUGUUUCUUGUCCAAAUUGUCAAACAAAAAAAACGGCCAUGGACGUUGGAUAAUAACCUUACUUUGGUGUUAGGCACAGUUUUGGACAGCUAUGCUGCUGUUAGGUUGAAAUCAGGGCAAAACUUGUGUCUGGGUUUACUUUUUCAUCACCCAAAAUAAACUAGUGAGUGAUGCUAUCACACGAUGUAAACACAGUGACAUUAUUGUUCCAUCAUCCUGUUGGAGUUGCUACUUCAAAAUGAAUUUGUUACAGCGAUAGCUAGGCCACAGGACACUCACUUCUAACUCAGAAAUCGGUCUUAAUGAAGUUUGAGAAAUCUGUUUUUUUUUCUGACAGUUAUUCGCUAUAGUUUUUAAGGCCUGUUGCAGUAUUUGUAGGCCUUGUGUCUGACCUGGUGAUGUGUCUUCACAAUAUCAGACACACAACAGCUUGAGCAGACCUGCGCGUCAUAUCUUUUGUCAGGUCAUGAAGUUCCCAUUGCAGUUGACACGUCGUAAACGCCUCCUACGAGCAGCACUUGCUGAGAGCCAGCAAUGUCUGUUGCUCUCUGUCAUGAAAAAUAACUUGUUGAAGUUUAUUUGCUGCAGUUUGAAGCAUCACAUAAAUUUGAAGUACAAAAAGUAAAAUGCAAAGGUGAAUGUAGACGUAGUAAAUUAGGUGGACAAGAAAGUUCAAUUAUUUAGGCUCAAACCGGUUCUCAAAGGGCUGCACUUCCCUGCAGUCAGCUCUCGCAUUCACCGCUCAGUGACAAAUGGGGACAGAAGUGGGAUGCGUAGUCUGUUUAUCCUCAGGAAAAACCCAAGGAAGGAAACCUUGUAUGUAAGACACGGUGACGUUCAACUUUGAGGACUGUGAUGCUCACAUUUGGAUGUUGAGGACAGCUGUGUGAGGUCAAAGUGCCCAAGCGCCCCAAUGUUUGCUAGUGAGAAACAAGACGGAACGGUUUUGUGCACUCUCCAUGUGAUGUCAGAAGUGGGAAUAUUGAAACCUGUUUGUUUGAUAUGUAGUUGGGGACCAAAAGGAAUAUAUGGUAAGGUACAAAUGUUGCUGUAUGAAGGAUGACUACUGGAGGUGGUAAACUGAGUCAAACAAAUGUCAAGUGUUUGAAUCAAGAAGCAUAUAAGAUGAACAAAAAGGAAAGUGUGAGACAUGAGGACAACUGCUUGACAGAGCAACACACAAAAUAACAUCUUAACUAAGUGAAAGGUCCUACCAGCAGAAGAUAAUGAAUCUUCUUCAGGGGAUUCUUCUGGGUUUCUUCUGAUUUACAUCCUGCUCUGAUGAGAUCAUGUUUCUUCUGAGGUGACUCUUGCGUUGAAAUUUGAUAUAUUGCCAUCAUGUGAACAAACAUGGUGUUUUAUGUCGGAAGGCAUGUGAACAUUACUGCCAACAGUUUGUGUUGCACAGCCAUGUUGUGGAAUUGUUUGACUAAAUGUUACUGACAUGAAAGUCACUGCUGUUAACUGUACUUUGUUGCAACAUGUUGCUCUGCAUUCCACAACACAGUUUCAUGAACACAAUUGUGUUGUAUUAUUAAAGAUUGUCGCAAGUUUUACCUUCUGUGAAAGGGGCUGGAGUAAUGCUGUGAAUAGACCAGCCAGAAAUGUGUGUAGAUUUAACUUAUAUCUUGCCAAAUGUAGUGGUUCCCACAAAAAACUAAUAUUAGACAAUAGAAUUGCUCCCAGUUUUAACUGCACCUUUUAUUUUACCUUCCAUUGAUGACGUAUGUUUUAUUUUUGUUAGGAAGUAAUUUCCGGACACAGCGUCGCACACACGUCAAACGCGCACAAGGGAAGAGUGGAUUACUACUUAUGUCAAUCCGUUUUGAUUCACCAAUAGUAUUAUGUAGGGUCUCAUGUCCUUCUGUAAAACUAGUCCAGAGUACUGCUUUAUUGUAUGUGUUGUGGAAGUUUAAAAUUCUUCAUCUUUAAAUUCAUUUCAUCUUCAAAGAGUGUUGUGCUCCUGUGAUGGGCUGCUCCUCAUCUGCCUCCCAUUCAUCAGGCUGUCGGCUGAACCUAUUCCAACAUGACACCUACUACUUAUGGACCAUAGACUCUCAGAAAGGAGGGGCUGAUGUGUGUCAUAUUAUACAGGUGCAUGGAAAAGAGAAACUCAAUAACGUUUCAUUAAGUUCGUUGGUCAUUUGGCUCGACAGAGAGACAAAACGGUUCAAUACAAACUUCUCUGCCGACCGUUGGUGGUGACGUCUUGUUUUUGUACUAUUGGUGAAGAUAUUUUUGCAUCCAUAGUUGUGUGUGUAUGUGAGUGUAAUUAAAGUGUGUGUGUGGAAGUGGAGUAAAUUAAUACCUUUCAUCGCUGGAAUGAAAUGUUUACUCAUUUGCACUUUAAGGACGACUCUCUCCUGAACCCAAUAUUUUUGUUUUUUAUGAGUCGCUAUGACAUUAAAAAGUUAAUGACUCAACUGCAUCCUAAAAUACAUAUCUUCUUCUUGGAUGAAUCUUUGGUGAAUCCCCCAUUAUUCCAAACACUGCCAAGAUAGACUCGUUCCUGGAUUGACUUCUGUCUUUAUGGAUCGUAUUUUCAUGUGA